AAAACUUAUUAAGUUUCCAAGAAGAAACCAAACCAUAAGCUGUUCAGUGUGCUAUAUAUGUAGCUGCUUCAUUGAGCUCUCUUUUCCUUAACAAAUUUACUAAAAUCCCUUCACUACUCUUGCAUCUCUUCAAAACUUUCAACCAUGAAUAUUCAAGGAGAAUCAUCUACUUCUUCACACUUCUCUUAUGAUGUAUUUCUUAGUUUCAGAGGUGAAGAUACCCGAAAAAACUUCUCAGGUCAUCUUUAUUCCCGGUUGUGCCAAGUCGGAGUUAAUACCUUCAUAGAUGAUGAGGAAUUGAAAAAGGGUGACGUGAUUUCAAUGAAACUUGAGAAAGCAAUUCAAGAAUCUAAGGUUUCUAUUGUGGUUUUCUCGAGAAAUUAUGCUUCGUCUAGUUGGUGUCUUGAUGAACUAGUCAAAAUUCUCGAAUGCAAAGAGAAGUUACAACAAGUUGUUUUGCCUAUUUUUUAUGAUGUCGAUCCUUCUCAAGUGCGCAAGCAAAAUGGGUGCUUCGGUGAAGAUUUGGCUAUGCUCAAGGAACGAUCAUUUGGAGCUCAAAGAAUGGACAAGUGGACAACUGCACUUACCGAAGCUGCAAAUUUAUCUGGAUGGGAUUUACGGAAUAUUGCUGACGGGCAUGAAUCAAGAUUUAUUGAAAGUAUUAUAAAACAAGUCCUACAAGAGGUCAACCAGACACCUCUAGAUGUUGCUUGGCACCCUGUUGGAGUAGAUUCCCGCGUCGAACAUAUCGAGUUGUUACUGCAAAAUGGAUGUGAACAAGAAGUUCGUAUGGUUGGUAUAUACGGUGUUGGUGGAAUUGGAAAAACAACUCUGGCAAAAGCUAUGUACAACAGAAUAUUUCGAUACUUCGGUAGUAGUUGCUUCCUUUUAGACGUUAAAUCAGAAGCUGAAGCAUUUGGUCUAGUCAAGUUACAAGAAAAACUACUUCAUCAAAUUCUCAAAACUAAGGACAUCAAAGUUAGCAGUACUGCUGAAGGCGUCAAUCUAAUCAAAGCACGACUUGGGUCAAAGAAGGUUCUAAUUAUUCUUGAUGACGUCGACCAUAUAAGACAAUUAGAAUCCUUAACGAGAGAAAGAAGUUGGUUUGGUUCGGGUAGUUUAAUAAUUAUUACAACCCGUGAGGAGCAUUUGCUAUGUGGGCUUCGAGAAAAUGAGAGAUACAAGGCCAAACUUUUAAAUUACAAUGAAGCUAAACAACUUUUUUCUUGUCAUGCUUUUAACAGUCUUUCCCCGCCACCAGAAUAUGUUGAGCUGUCACAAGACAUAAUCAAAUAUUCAGGUGGGCUGCCAUUAGCUCUUGUGACUUUGGGGUCACAUUUGCAAGGGAGAUCCGUAGAAGAAUGGACAUACGAGUUGAAAAAACUAAGAGCAAUUCCUCAUAUUGAUAUCCAAAAAAUACUCAAGAUAAGCUUCGAUGGACUUGAUUGUGAUACACAGAGUGUUUUCCUUGAUAUUGCGUGCGCCUUGCAUGGGUUUGAUAGCGAUGAAGUUGCCGAUGCAUUAAAUGCAUGUGGCUUUUAUUUUGAAAGUGCAAUCGCAACUUUGGUGAAAAAAUGUUUGCUCCAAAAUGCAUGGAGUUUGGUGAUGCAUGAUCUAGUGCGAGAUAUGGGAAGAGAAAUUGUUCGCAUGGAAUCACCUCGAGACCCUGGAAAACGAAGUAGACUGUUCAACCCUCAAGAAGUCUGCGAUGUUCUACAAGGAAAUAAAGGUUCCAAAAAGAUAGAAGUACUGAUGGUAGAUUCACAGGCAUUAAAGGGUGUGAACUUGAGCACCAACGCAUUUAAGAAAAUGAUAAAUCUUAGGGUGCUUAUAAUUGAUGGCAAGUUAAAUAUCAGUGGAGAUUUUGAGUUGUUGUCCAAGGAGCUCAGAUGGUUGUCUUGGAAAGGAUGUCCUUUAAAAUGUAUAUCAUCAAAUUUUCCAGGUGAUAAACUUGUAGUUCUGGAUAUGCGGGAGAGUGAUAUCCAAGAAUUUGGUUUGAAUUUUCAGUGUUGUAAAAGCUUGAAGAAGUUGGAUCUCUCAGAUAGCAAGCGUCUCAGAAGAACUCCAAACUUCAACGGUUCACGAAGUCUUGAGACUUUAUGGCUUCAUGGUUGCUCGAGUCUGACGGAGAUCCAUCCAUCAAUUGGAAAUUUGGACGGACUAAUUGAUCUGGAUUUUUCUGGUUGCAAAAAGCUUACGGAUCUUCCAAGCAGCAUAUGCCGGCUAAAAUCAUUGGAAACCUUGGACAUUUGUCGGUGCUCAUCUUUACAAAAGCUGCCAGUUGACCUUGGAGAUAUGCGAUGUCUAAAAUCUCUUGCUGCAAGUGAUACGGGUAUAAAACAAUUGCCUAGAUCUGUUGAAAUGCUAAAAGAUCUCGAAAAUUUGGAUGUGGGAGGUAAAUAUAUAGAGGCCAAGAGGAGUUUUUCUCGAAGAAGAGUCCAUCACAUACAAUCCUUCUCGACCUUUCUUUCGUUUUUAGUCCUUAAAAACUGUGGUUUCUCCGAGGCUGAUAUUCCUAGGGAUAUUGGGAGUUUAUCCUCCUUGAUGUAUUUAGAUCUGAGCGGCAACAGUUUCCGCCGUCUACCCUUUGAUUUUUCUAACCUACAAUCUUUGAUGAACUUGCAUUUGAAUGAUUGUGAGAAUCUUCAAAUACUCCCAUCAGUAUCAAAUUUACGUCGUCUUAUAAUUUUUGAAAUUGCAAAUUGCAAGAAAUUGGUCAACAUUACAGGGUUGGACAACCUCCCUUCACUAAGUGGUAUGAGCAUGCUUAAUUGUACUUCUCUGCAGAAUCCAUUCAAUGAAGGCUUCUUUAGUGCACAUGCUCUAGCAUUUCCAUCUAUGAGAUUAGAAAUUUAUCUCCAAAGCAAUGAGAUUCCACAUUGGUGCAACAAUCAAGUAACAUCUUCUUCUAUCUGCUUCACUAUGCCCACACAUAAUAAGGAGUAUACGUUUUUAGGAAUGAUUCUCGCGUGUGUUCGCAAGUUUGCCAACAUACCGACUUCAAGAGGUUUCCAUUCGCGUGGCUUGAGCUUUAGUAUUGCCGGAAAAAUGUCAUCGAGAGGCAACUGGGUUUAUGAUUAUGUAAUACCCGAGGGACAGGCAGAACUAUUAUGUGUACUUUACAGAUCUUUCUUAGAAGAACCUUUUGAUUGCCCGAUGAAAGGCGGAGAACAGAUACAAAUCACUGAGAUGCAAAUCGCUGAGAUAGGUGAAGAAUGUACAGUAAAGAAGAUAGGGAUCCAUCUGUUAUAUUUAGACCAACAUGGUAAGGUUACAUCAUUGCCAGCAAUCGUGGAUUAUUCUCAUUCUCAGAUAAUGAACAAAAGCCGGGAGAACAAACCUGGAGGAAUGACAAUUGGGGCAGAAUGGGCCCAGGUGGUCCAGGGCAAACUCUUAAUGGGGCCGAGCAGGCCAAGAUUUACAUGGGGCGGGCGCGGCGGGGUGCGGGGCAGGAGAGGAUAGGAUAUAAAGCAUUAAUUUUGAAAAAAUUUAAUGGGUUAGGGCAGGGAAAGGUCCAGGUUAAAAGAUGAGAAUUUUACAUAAAUGACUACACUUUGGGGGUUUAAAAUUUGUCAUAGAUACAGUUUCAAUAUUUACAUUGCGUAGCUAUAGUUUCCCCGCUGUAUUCAAAAAAUGGCUCGCUGUAUUCAUAAAACGGCCUAGCUGUAUUCAUGAAUACAGCGAAUAAAAAAAAUUCAAAAAUUCUUUUCACUGUAUUCAA